GGGGUUAAGAGGGGGUUUGGCUAUGAGACCAAAGUGUCUGCUGCCUACACACCUGCUUUUGUAAAGCACUGUGCAGUACACGCCAUGAAUGUAGUACAAACAAGAGCAGGCUUCCAGAUGCUCGAGCGAUGGUCUGGAUUUCAACUUGAGCAAGUUCAGAGGAUGUUUUAGGGGUACACAUAUUCUUGAUGAACACAACUCGUCUCUUCUCACACUACUUUUGUACGGUAAGAGGAAUCUAUCCUAGAUCCCCUUCCAGGAACGAAGCACAGUUUAGAAGACACCAUUCUUCAAAUUGAACACUCAGAAAACACAAAAGAUACUUCUGUAUUCCUACACACCAUUCUUUUAAGGUCAGUCUCAUUGUACCAAGUCUGCUCCCCUCUGAAGCCCCUUCUCAUUACCUGUGUGUGAAGAGGAGCCUCUGGCAAACCUCAGGGGAGUGGAACUUGGUCAUCAAGCCCAGUCCCCACCUAUCAGUUAAAUCUUCGCUUCAUAAUUCAAGUUUGUCCCACUCCAACUACAGGGACCUCACGGUUUCUUCAUGUCUGCAACGAAGAGCUUGAGAAAUAGCUCAUUUUCAAAUGCUGAGGGUGGAUUGGCCUCAAGAGACUUGUCCUACUUGUCUCAGAACCACUGAGGAUAGGUCUAAGAAAUGUGAUACUGAGGGGACACUUUAACAUCAAGCCUGGAGGCAAAGAGUUGGAUGACUGCUGAGCUCUCUUGAGCAUAUAGAAUUGUCAUGCUUUAUAUUCUCAGAUAAUAAAAAAACCAUUUGUCAUCCAGGAUUUUCCUCAAAAUUUUAUUUUUCUAUUUAAAACCAUUGAAAAUAAUAUCAGCUUCCACUCUGAAUUCUGGGGAGUCCUAGUGACCUGCCCACACGCCCUCAUUUUCCUCCAGGACAAGAUCUUCAAGCCCCUGCAGAGGUCUUGUUCGUUGCUCUCAGUCUUAUGGCUGUCUCUUCAUUUCUGCAUCAUUUAUGGCAGCUCGCUGAUUUCUGCACCCAGAACAGUGACACAGAACCACACAGAAUGAGCACAUGUAUGAGCAAGUUGUAACCAAGAGUCCUCUAAGAAGCAUGGGAGGGAGGAAGAUGGCAAGAGAUGAGGAAAGCAUCUGUGGCUUGGAGGAGGAUUCACCAGCCCCGAGGGUGCCCCUACUGAGGCUCAUCCUGGUAGGUAGGACCGGGACCGGAAAGAGUGCCACUGGUAACAGCAUCCUGGGCCAGAAGUGCUUCCUGUCCAAGCUGGGGGCUGUGCCUGUCACCAGAGCCUGCUCCCGGGGAAACAGGAGGUGGGCCGGCUGGUUUGUGGAGGUGGUGGACACUCCAGAUGUCUUCAGCUCUGAGGGUCUGAAGACCGACCCUGCAUUCUUGGAGACAGCCCGCUGCUUCCUACUGUCUUCGCCCGGGCCUCAUGCGCUGCUGCUGGUCACCCAGCUGGGUCGCUUCACCACUGAGGACUGCCAGGCGCUGGCUGGGGUGAAGCGGGUGUUCGGAGAGCAGGUGAUGGCGCGAACAGUUGUGGUGUUCACUAGAAAGGAGGACCUGGAUGGAGAGUCUCUCCAGGAUUACGUUCACUGCACGGACAACCGCCCACUGAGGGAGCUCGUGGCCCAGUGCGGGUGCCGCGUGUGUGCCCUGAACAACCGCACCACGGGACAGGAGUGCCAGGCACAAGCUGAGCAGCUGCUGGGUCUGGUCGCGUGCCUGGUGAGGGAGCACGGUGGCACGUACUACUCCAAUGAAGUGUAUGAUCUGGUGAAGACUCUGCGGGGCACUGACCCCCAGGACCAACUCACCAAGGUGGCAGAGAUGGUGGCAAGACGCAUGCAGAGGCCCCUGCACACCAGGCUGCUAACUGGGCUUUGGGAAUGGCAGAAAUCCUACAGGAAGGGCUGGAGGGGCCUGACUAUCUUCCUGGGUGUGGCCUUCCUGAUCUACCUGCUGGUCUACAGAAAGAUGGCUGGUGGGUACCAGGAGAGCAGAUAGCCCUGGUCUUAGAUGUUUUAACUAGAAAGGAAAUAUUUUAAAUGUUGAAUACUUAGAACUCUGCUCAGAGCUCGCAGUACGGGAAACAAGGCAUCACCUUUGCAAAGGCUCGGAGGUGACGAGUCUCAUCUUUAACUGUAUGCAUUCUGAGAUAAAAAAUAAAAUUUGUCUAACUAAA